AUGAAAUACAUAUUUUCAUAUAAAUAUAUUUUUAUUCUUCUGGCCGUGUUAUGUUUGAAUAAUAUUGAAACUGUGAAGGGGAAUUCCUAUGCAUUAACAAACGAAAAACAAAGCAGACUUACAGGAGGUUCAACAGUGGAGUUAACAAAAGCACCCUUUAUUGUAUCAAUCCGCCGUAAUACCACAUCAAAUCAAUUCUCCCACUUAUGCGGUGGAGCUCUAAUAACCCAAAGAGUAGUCAUCACAGCAGCACAUUGUUUUGUAAAUUCAAGUUCUGUCACCUUAGCAUAUCGCCCAGUCAAAGAAUUCAAUGUAAUGUUAGGAUCUAUAAUGUUAAUGCAGCAGGAUUUAUACACAACUAUAUUAGAUAUUCAGAAAAUAUUGCCACACGAAAAAUUUACAAUUACUGAAUUACAAAAUGAUAUAGCUUUGGUCUUCCUGAAUGGCUUAAUAUCAUGGUCACAUCCAGUUAUACGUGCAAUAAGCCUACAAACUCAGGAGACUCCUUCGAAUACACAGUGUACGGUAUUUGGCUGGGGUAUAAACGAUAAGCAAGAAAUUAGUUAUUAUUUAAAAGCUGCAUAUGUGAGUAUUAGUACUAAGGAAGAAUGCGCUAAAAUUAGUACUUAUGGCACCUAUGGCAUAUUUUGCGCUGGUUAUAGUCCUGGCGGUGUUGGUGCCUGCGCCGGAGAUAUUGGUGAUCCACUUGUUUGUAAUAAUCUUUUGACGGGUAUUGUAUCAAAGCCAAAUUGUGGAGAAUUGGGAUAUCCGGACACUUAUACAAACGUAUCUGAAUUCUAUAAUUGGAUAAAGCAAACUAAUGCCAGUUUGGAUUAUACUAAAUACGGUGAUGGUGCAGCUGGCUUUAGUGAAUCAAAUGUUUUGGUAUUACUCAGUUUGAGUAUCGUUUUUAGUUUAAGUUAUUUAUUAAAAACCCAAUUUGCCCAAACAAAAAUUAUUAAUGGCACUGAAGUUAAUUGGUCUGGAACAAAGUACCAAGUUUCCUUACGUUUGAAAUUUAAUGACUGGUUUUUCGGUGCCGGCCAUAUAUGUGGUGGAACAUUAAUCAGUACAAAAGCUAUACUUACAGCAGCACAUUGUAUGUUGGAUUCCAACAAAAAUUUGCGAGAUGCAGCAGUUUUUUUGGUAGUUAUGGGUAAUUUAAAUAAAUAUCAGCAAAACCAAAAUACACUUAUUUACAAUGUCACUAACUUCACUGUACAUGAAAAUUUUAAUGACACCACUUAUGAAGCAGAUAUAGCUAUUUUGUAUAUAGAUCGAGAGGUUCCAGUAAAUGACAAACUUGUACAACCCAUAGCGUUAAAUGAACAAAGCAAUUUAUUGGACGGUAUUAAUUGCAUAGUCACUGGUUGGGGUAAAACAGAAACGGGUUCUUAUGCGUCACAGUUAAUGGGUGUAGAAGUAGAAAUUAUUGAUCGAAACCUUUGUUCUCUCAAUUACGGUCCCUUAAUACGUGAAGACAUGAUCUGUGCUGGUUACAUGAAUGGUGAACGAGAUGCUUGCUUUGGUGAUUCUGGUGGACCUUUAGUUUGUGAUAAUAAACUAACUGGUGUGGUUUCAUUUGGUUCAGGUUGUGCAGAACCUGGUUAUCCAGGUGUUUACAUAAAUGUUGCUACUUAUUUUCAUUGGAUAAAUGAAAAAAUGAAUGUGUGGCCUAAUUAUACAGCUCAUAUAGGCGAAACAAUAGAUUAUGAGACAUUUUUUGUAUAUAUAGUUGGAAUAUUUACGUUUUCAAUUAAGAAAAAAUUUAAUAUGUCUUUUCUUAGACUUUCAUUGGUGUUAUUCUUCCUAGCUUUAAAUACUUCUACUAUUUUGUGUGCUCCGAAUAAUAUAGGAUAUGGCGCAUAUUUACAAAAUAUUGAUGGAAGAAUCAUAAAUGGUACAUUGGCGACUUUAAAUGACACCAGACAUCAAGUUUCCAUACGUCGUAAGUUAAAUGAUGGUUACUUCUUUGGUACUGGACAUAUAUGUGGUGGUUCACUAAUCGCAGAUAAUGUAGUACUAUCCGCGGCGCAUUGUUUUGUAGACCAAGUUGCUUAUAAUGGCACAUUUUUACCUGCCUCAGACUUUAUUGUCGUAAUGGGAAAUCUAGAUCGUUUUGAAAAGAAUAAUACUCUUACAUUUGAAGUCAAAGAACUUCUGUACCAAGUGGAUAUAUUCAAUUUAAGCACUUAUGAAAAGGAUAUAGCUUUAGUGCUAUUAAAUGGUUCAGUACCAACGAACCAAUCGAAUAUUAAACCAAUUACGCUCAAUCACGAACCUGUUAAGAAUGGCACCAUUUGUCAAGUUACUGGUUGGGGACAAACCGAAGAUGGUUAUUUAUCAGAUAAUCUAAUGACAGUAGAUGUACCCAUUAUCGAUGUUGGAGAUUGUCAAAAUAAAACAGAUUUUGCCGAUGGACUCAUUCGUGAAGGCAUGAUAUGUGCCGGUUAUUUAGAGCAAGGUGAAAAAGAUGCUUGCGGUGGAGAUUCUGGUGGUCCAUUAGUUUGUAAUAAACUUUUAGCUGGUGUUGUUUCUUGGGGUAUAGGUUGUGCACAACCAAAAUUACCAGGUGUUUAUACUGAUGUCGAUCAUUACUAUUCAUGGAUUGAAUCUAAUGUCAAUAAAUGGAAUAGAGCGAAUAAUACAGGAAAUGGUACUAAACCGGGUGGUAAUGAUGGUGGAUUAACAAAUUUCCAAAGUUCUGUUUGGUUAAUUAAUUUUUAUAUAAUCUUGACAAUUAUUUUAAACAAAAUUUUUUAAUCAUAUAACAGAAUUGUGAUUUGAAUAAUGUUGAGAUAUUAAGAAAUUUUUUGUUAAUUAGAUUUAUAAUAACAAAAAUAUAUAUGGUAAUAAUAAUAAUGUUGAAACUG